UCUUGAAAGGGAGACAAGCAAGAUGGGAAAAAUAGCAGGAAAAAAGGCUUUUUUUUAAAUAACAUGCCACCAGAACUUCUGCAUGGUAACAAAGAUCAUCUAAAGCAGCUGGGUAUUUGCAGAAGGCGACUUCGACAGCACACAGAUACUUAAUCUCUAAAUCAAGUUCAACGAUGCAUUAGAGGAAGCUGGAUUGGCUGUACAGAGAUUUCAUACUGAAGGAUGAAUAGUGAAGAAGAGUUUUAUGAUGCCGUUACGGGCUUUGAUUCUGACAAUUCUUCAGGAGACUUUUCAGAAGCAAAUCAUAAAGUUGCAGAAAUGCUUGAUCUAGAUCCACACCAAAGCAAUAGGACUGGAAAGCAUAAUGGAGAGUCAGAGAUUCAAGAAAAUGGAAUUAAGAGACACAGGACAUCAUUACCUGCCCCAAUGUUUUCUAGAAGUGAUUUUAGUGUGUGGAGCAUAUUAAAAAAAUGCAUUGGACUGGAGCUGUCUAAGAUUACGAUGCCUAUUGUCUUCAACGAGCCACUGAGUUUUCUUCAACGGAUAACAGAAUAUAUGGAACAUAUAUACCUCAUUAAUAAGGCUUGUAGUCAUGCAGACCCCCUGGAAAGAAUGCAAGCUGUAGCUGCUUUUGCAGUUUCUGCUGUAGCUUCUCAGUGGGAGAGAACUGGCAAACCAUUUAACCCGCUGUUAGGAGAAACCUAUGAAUUAACCAGGGAGGAUUUAGGAUUUAGGUUUAUAUCUGAGCAAGUCAGCCACCACCCACCUAUUAGUGCAUUUUACUCUGAAGGCCUCAAUAAGGACUUUAUUUUUCAUGGAUCAAUCUAUCCCAAACUAAAAUUCUGGGGAAAGAGUAUAGAAGCAGAGCCUCGAGGAACAAUUACUUUGGAGCUUCUGAAACAUAAUGAAGCUUACACAUGGACAAAUCCAACCUGUUGUGUACAUAAUGUAAUUAUUGGUAAACUGUGGUUAGAACAAUAUGGAACGGUAGAAAUUGUAAAUCACAGUACUGGAGAUAAAUGUGUCCUUAAUUUUAAACCGUGUGGACUGUUUGGGAAAGAGCUUCACAGAGUGGAGGGAUACAUUCAGGACAAAAACAGAAAGAAGCUGUGCGUGAUCUAUGGCAAGUGGACAGAAUGCUUAUGGUGCACUGAUCCCACUACGUAUGAGACUUACAAAAAGAAUGAAAAGAGAGGUGGUGAGCAGAAGAAAUUGAAGCCGAGUGAAGAAGUUAUUAAAUCUGAAAAUGAUGAGGCUGAUGAUAUGCCAGAGGUUCAAGACACGGUGCAGUUCAUACCAGGCAGUAAAUUGCUUUGGAGAAUAAAUUGUAGGCCACCAAACUCAUCACAGAUGUACAAUUUCACCAGUUUUGCUGUGAGUCUCAAUGAGCUAGAAAAGGGCAUGGAAGCAAUAUUAGCUCCCACUGACUGUCGGCUACGUCCAGAUAUCAGAAAUAUGGAAAACGGAAACAUGGAUGUGGCUAGCAAAGAAAAAGAGAGACUAGAAGAGAAACAAAGAGCUGCUCGCAAGGAGCGUGCAAAAGAUGAAGUGGAGUGGCACACACGAUGGUUUCAUCAAGGCACUAACCCAUACACUGGGACUUCAGAUUGGCUGUACUCAGUUUCUUUGUCAGGAAGAUACGCUGUAUCCGGUAGAGCACAUAACAUCCUUGAAAACUACGUAACUUAAAUAAAAUAGAGAUAAUAUCCUUGUUACUUAGUACAAUAGUGAAGAAUCUGAAGUUUUUGGAACUCGGAGCAGGGAUGAAAAGCUAAUAUGGUACCAACAGGAUCAAAUCUAGUACUGUCGAUACUCCCCGUGAAGAGAUGCAUGUGAAUUUCCAUACGGUAUGUAGCACUACGUGGGGACUGGAGCUCCUGGCCCCUCUCUCUCAAUACGAUUCAAUAAUGGAGAGACUCGGGGAAACAAAAACCAACCUGAGCUUCUCAAACUGUAGUUGUCUGUUAGAGUCUUCACAACUUCUGGACACUGUGAGCAUUAAACUGUAUACCUGUGAUAAAAUUACAUAAAGCAUACGUUAGGAGAAGGGAAGGGUGCAUUAAACAGUGUGCUUUUUCUGAAGUCAAAUGCUGUUCUUAAAAUAGGAGAAGCUUCGGAAGCAAUUGCAGGAAUGUAGAGGUGGUUACAAUGUAAAAUAUAUUGCUUGCUACCACUUGGAGGCUUAAAUCUUCUGCACUACCUUCGGCAGCUUUGGCACUAUGUAUGCUUCUAGACUAAACUUUUAUUUGGAAGCACUUUGGUAUGUAUAUCCACACAGGUUCAUAUUUUGGGGAAGUUUUGGUUUGCAUGUUUUUCAUUAUUAGGUCAUGUCUGUUUUGUAUGUUGUGAAAAAGCAGAAUCAACUUAAAGCUUUGGCAGAGUUAUACCUAUUACAAGUUUUCUGUGAGCAUGUGAUGUCAAAAAGUGGGAUUUUUUUGUUCCAUAUCAAACCAUCAAAGCCCUAUAAUACUGGAAAUAAUCAAUUACUGAAUUGAUGCAUUCAUUUUCUUUCAAGUGGUACACUUCGGGGGGGGGUAAAGGGGGAGAGAGGCUUGAAAAAUUAGGUCCUGUAAUUAAAACUAACCCUGAUGUUGCUUCUUUUAUGAAAGUUUUUAAUUGAGUAACCAGGCACAAACGGAGAGCGGCUACACUGCUAUGAAGUUUACAGUAAUUCAGAAAUUGCUGGUGUUAAGCACCAGUAACUUGAGGAAUUUGUGGAAGAACUGGAAUGACUGAUGUCCAAACACAUCUGUGGUUUCAUCCAAAGAGUAGGUUUUUGAAGGGCUUCUCUCCUGGCCACAGGAUUAAAAAGCAAAAGAAAAUGAACAUACUCAUGGAGAAACACUUUUGUAUCAAAUCAUGCAUCUGAUGAGUGGAUUAACUUUAAAUUUGGGGGAAAUUUAGUUGUUGUCUUCAUUGGAAAAAUACGAGAAGCUGUAAAACUUCAAGGCAGUAAGUAAAAGCCUAAUCUGAAAUGUGCUCGUGGCAACAUUUUUCUGUUGCCAGAUAUGGUACUUUGUGCUGAUUGCAAGUCUUUAGGACUCACGAGCUAGAGUUGGUAAUACGGUGCAGACAAUAAGUAGGGUUGUGUUUGUUCCUCGUAAGUGCACGGACACCUGACUUAAAAAGACAUUGCUGAUCCAUAUGGGACAGCAUAAAGAUACUUUUUAUAAAAAACUGGACUUCGGUGACCGUGCUGGGCACUGUAACCCCCUUCCCAAACUUGCUGCAAGCAGCAUAGGGAACCUUUUGUUAGGUGAGGAUUGAAAGGAUUUGUGUAUUAAGCCAGUUUAACAGCUCAUGGGAGUUUAAAACUUGCUUAAACUAAAUACCAUGUUUAAUGCUGGAGUAGUGUUUUCAAAACAAUACAUAUAGAUAGAAAUUGCCUGAAUGGAAAAACUGUGGAGUAAUUGCUAAAGAAAUAUUCUAUUUAUAAGAAGGAAGUGUACAGGUUAGCAUCCCUCUCGUCUAAGUUAUGAUUUAAAUUCAAAGACCUAAAGCCUUGUCAUUUUGUGAAAGCAUGAAAAAAUUGUAACAACGUGUUUAAUCCAAACUUCAGUACAGAAUCUUCGUGGGAUUUAAAAAGAAACGGGGAAGGUUUCUAAAGUAAGAACACUUCAUUAGUUAUGUCUUUACCCCCUUCUCCCCUUCCUUUAGUGUAAAGUUUUUAGUAGAAUUUCAGAUUAAGUUCCAAAUCCAUUCUUCUAAUUUAUUGUUCUUCAUUGACGACACUUACAAAAUACUUUCCCCUCACUGCCGACACAUCUAUGCUUGGCUAGCCAUGGGACUCCUAAUGCUCUGAAAGUGAAAAAGUUUUAUUUUCGAUGCAGAUCUCGCCUCAGUAGUUUACGUGUCAAAACAUGAAUAACUUUGCACCUUUUGAAAGAAUGUCACUUUUGUAACUUGAUUAAACACUGUAUAUAAGAUAACUGUGUUAGUAUAUGUUAAUACAGCUAUGUAGAGAAACCAUCUAGA